AUGGGAUUUGAGAAGAGGUGGGUGGUUAUUUUGAUGGAGUCUUUCAGAACUGUAAGGUAUCAUAUUUUGUAUGAGCAGCGACAAUUGGGGCCUAUCUUGCCAGGAAGGGGGUUGCGUCAAGGUGACCCUUUGUCACCUUAUCUGUUCCUGUUGGUGGUGGAAGGUUCAUAUCACUGGGGAGCACCACCGAUCUCUCAUCUGCUGUUUGCAGAUGAUUGUUUUCUGUUUCUUCGGGCAAAUGAAGGCGAGACUGUUGGUAUGAAAUACGUGUUGGACAAAUAUUCGAGAGCAUCAGGACAAAUGAUUAAUUAUGAUAAGUCUGUGGUGUAUUUUUCGAGUAAUAUGAAGCCUGCCCAGCGGACUAUGGUCACUCAAAUAUUGGGGGGGGUGGAGGGGGAUACGGCAGGAAAGUAUCUAGGGCUCCCAUCGAUAGUAGGACGGAGGAAAAAACAGAUUCUGGGUUUCCUGAAGUAUAAGAUCCUAGCCAAGGUGAGGUCUUGGAAUGCAAGGUUCUUGUCAAGGGCUGGAAGGGAGGUGCUUCUUAAGAAUGUCAUCCAGGCGAUGCCAAGCUAUGCAAUGAUGGUUUUCCUAUUGCCACGAGGGACAUGUAGGGAUAUAGAGACUAUUAUGAAUGAGUACUGGUGGACAGGAACUAUGGGAAAUGGUAAGGGGAUACGGUGGAGAUCAUGGCAAGGGUUAACAGCUCCGAAAGCAGUAGGGGGGAUGGGUUUCCGUUCUUUGCAUGAAACUAAUUUGGCACUCUGGGGAAACAAGCAUGGGGGUUGA